UCAAGUUUCAGUGUUCAAUGCUCAUUGUUCAAAGUUGUAAAAGUCACUGACUUAAUCCUCUUUUAAGGAUGGGAUGACCAGAACUGACUGGAGGAAAUUAAAAGAAGCCAGAAAGCAGAAGAUAAAGCAACUGAAAGAAUUUAAACUCUUGAAGAAACUUGAGAAACAGAAGGCAGAGGAAGAGGAAGCACAGAGAGUUUUGGAGGAAAAAACAGAGCAGAAAGGUCGCCAGUAUACUAUUAGUGUGGCGUUACCAGGGUCAGUACUAGACAAUGCCCAAUCUCCAGAGCUCAGGACAUACUUAGCUGGUCAGAUAGCACGUGCCUGCACUGUGUUCUGUGUGGAUGAAAUUGUCGUCUUUGGUGAACAGGGAGAAGAUGAAAAGAGUGUAGAAGGUGAAUUUCGAGGAAUUGGGAGAAAAGGACAUGCCAAUGUGCAGCUCGCACGGAUUCUGCAGUACCUUGAAUGUCCACAGUGAGUCACUUUGGAGCCGAAAUGAAGCUUUGGUUUUCUUAAAAACUGAGCACUGUAUUUGUCUAGCUCCUCUCAUAGAGUCAUAGAGAUAUACAACACGGAAACAGACCCUUCAGUCCAGCACCCUCAUGCCGA